AUGACGAUGGCACACUCACACAUCGACCAUCGAGCUCACACGCUCCCGUUUCGGGACGCACCCUCCAACUACGGAGACCAUAGAUUCGAGCAGGAUCGCAUGCCUUAUCGACUGCCACCACCUAAUUCAUCAAUUCCCCUGGGCUUCAAGACCGAGGACCGACGAUUACCCUCGGUGCGUCAGUUGCUCUGCCAUGAAGAUCCGUCGCAGCACAGUACUUCAUACUAUGGGAGGAGCCCUCGCAGCUCGCCUCCCACUACCCACCGCUCUCUUGACUCGCAGUGGCAUCAUACAAGCCCCCGUGAGCUAGGAAAUGCGUCGGUUUGCCCGGUAGUUUCUCCUAAUGCUGCACCACGUCACAGCUUGCAGUCGACAAGGCUGCCGUCACUAUCUCAAGUAGGAAUAGAACCACCACGCUCGCAUGCCGCAUUAGAACAAGGUUCGCGAGGACGCCAAUAUCACCAACACGAAUUCACAACUAGCCCAGGAGGUUCAUCUCAUGGGUCGCCCGAAAUGCACCAUUCUGCUAGCGCAAGGCUCGAGAGAGGGGCACGAGGACCGACUCUUCCCACCCAGGUCGUUGAGGAAAAAUACCUCCCUGGGAAAGGGUUGUGCUACAUUUUUGCCGACCAAAGCACCUGCCCCAAGUCCAUCGAUGGCGAGCCGGUCAACCCUAAUUGGGGGUUGACAAAGGCUGGCAAAGCCCGCAAACGCUUAGCCCAGGCUUGCAUUCCAUGCCGAGAGAAGAAAAUAAAGUGCCAGCCUAGCAAACCUAGGUGUGAUCAAUGCCAGAAGUCCGGGCGAGAUUGCAGAUUCGAGAGCGCGCCUCGAGGCAAUCGCGCAAGGUCAUCUUCCUAUGACUCUCACCCAACACGGCCUGGAUCUCGACAAAUGAUGCGAUCGACACCGAGCAGUCCUCGAGAAGUCGACAUGGUAAUGCAUUCUCUACCACCUAGCUCAGGCAGCCCCCCUUUCCAAACGGCUCCUACAUCACACCCAUUCGCACCUGAGGCCCAUACCCAACCACAUUCAGAUGAUAGAGCCAAGAAUCUAUUGCACGCUCAUAAACGGCGGAGAAGAGGAGGGCCUUUUGAUCCGGUCGAAGGUAGUCUAGCCUCUUCCAAGUACACUGGCGAUUUCACUAAGACCCGUCAGAUGUCAUUUUUCCAUUCUGACUAUAUCGAAGCAGGUUAUCGAUCAAAAUUCUAG